AGGAAGAAGAAGUCUGGUUGUGGUUGUGGUGGAACAUAGUUUUUUGUUUGUUUACUUUUGUACAUGCAUACAACAUAAAAUAUAAUAAGUAAAUAAAACUAAAACCAUCUGUACACCUGUAUGUGCCCCAUGUGCAUAUGCAGUACCCCUCUGGGGCCAGAAGAGGGCACUGGAACUUCAGAACUAGAGUUAACAGUAGGUAGUGAGUUGCCACGUAGGUGCUAGGAACUGAACCCAGGUCUUCAGCAAGAGCAGCCAGUGCUCUUAACCACUGAACCACCUCUCUAGACUGUGGUACAUGUUUAUCACUCCAGAAAUGGUGAAGUAGAGGCAGGAGGAUUCCUGGGGCUCAGUGGCCAGCUUGCCUGGCUGAAUCAGGGAGGUUCAGGAAAAUGGAAGCUCAGGGGUCUUUUCCCUUGGACAGACCGCCUGAGGUUGAUCUUUGGUUUCCACACACAUGCACCAUCUGUACACACACGUAACACCCUCUGCCGCGCCCCAACCCCAUCCAGGCCUCAAACCAAAGGGAAGAAUAACAAAGAAUUGCACAAGGAGCCAAGUGACUCACGUCUGCCUUCCCAGCUAUUUGAGGGGCUGAAGGAAGAUGCAAGGUCCCCUCCCGUCUGAGCUACACGGUGAGUUCAAGGCACCUGGGUGACUUAGUGAGGCUCUGUAUCAAAACUAACAAAAGAGGGCACAGGGCUGUGAAGGCAGCUGGCAGUGGGGGCUGGCCUCGCAUCACAAAAACAGAGUAACAGGAGCGGUAAUAGACAUCAGUAAAAUACUUGUUGAGACUAGAGAUAAACCCAAAAGGCAGACUGGACAGAGACCGCCGCGUUCAUUUCUUUUCUCUAGAACAAAUCCGCUCCACUCAGCUCGUCCAAGGUGAGGUGUGGCAGGAGGGGCCGGCUCAGGCAAACCUCUCCAUCCACAUGCCUGAGGUGGAGUUAGGAAACUGAUUGCAAUAUGGAAAGGUCAAGGGUUUGUGUCUUCUUUGUUUCUUUCUUCUUGAUGGAUGGCACCAUCUUUGAUCCAUAGACACUCCAAGGCCGAUGGGACUGUGCCAAUUUGAAAACACACUGCUCUGCGUGUGGGACAGGAAGGGACCGGAAGUGAAGUGUCAGAGCCACAGCAGAACAGAGGGCUGGAGCUGGGGGCUAUAAAGGGCCACACCAGUGCCCUGCACACACGUUGGGCCAUGCCGCUCCCUGGGCUGCUGCUGCUGCUGCUGCUGCUGCUAGCUGUCGCCCGCUGGCUGUGGGACCAGUGGAGGCUCUGGCACCUCCGCCUCCCACCUCUGGUCCCGGGGUUUCUGCACUUUCUACAGCCCAACCUCCCAGUCUACCUGCUUGGCCUCACUCGGAAGCUUGGGCCCAUCUACAGGAUCCGCUUGGGGCUGCAAGAUGUGGUGGUGCUGAACUCUAAGAAAACCAUUGAGGAGGCCUUGAUCCAAAAGUGGGUGGACUUUGCCGGCCGGCCCCACAUGCUACAUGGGAAGAUGGACUUGGACCUGUCCCUGGGGGAUUACUCGCUAACGUGGAAGGCCCACAAGAAACUCACUCGCGCGGCCCUGAUGCUGGGCAUGCGAGACACCAUGGAGCCUCUGGUAGAAGAGCUGACCCAGGAAUUCUGUGAGCGCAUGAGAGCCCAGGCUGGCGCGCCCGUGGCCAUCCAUAAGGAAUUCUCUUUACUCACUUGUAGUAUCAUCUGCUGCCUCACAUUUGGAGACAAGGACAGCACUGAGGUACAAGCCAUUUAUGACUGCGUCCAGGACCUGUUGGGAGCCUGGAACCACUGGUCCAUCCAAAUCUUGAGUAUCAUUCCCCUUCUCAGGUUCCUCCCCAAUCCGGGCCUCUGGAAGCUGAAGCAGUUACAAGAGCACAGGGACCGCAUGGUAAAGCAGCAGCUGGAACGGCACAAGGCCAGCCUGGUGGCGGGCCAAUGGAAAGACAUGACUGGCUACAUGCUCCAGGGAGUGGAGAAGCAGGGACAAGGCAAAGACACCGGACAGCUGCUCCACGAGGGUCACGUGCACAUGUCCGUGGUGGAUCUUUUCAUUGGUGGCACCGAGACCACGGCCAGCACGCUCUCCUGGGCCGUGGCUUUCCUGCUUCACCACCCCGAGAUCCAGAAGCGACUGCAGGAGGAAUUAGACCUCAAGCUGGGCCCGGGUUCCCAGCUCCUGUACAAGGACCGAAUGCAGCUGCCUCUGCUCAUGGCCACUAUCGCUGAGGUGCUGCGUCUGCGGCCCGUGGUGCCCCUGGCUUUGCCCCAUCGUGCAACUAGGGCUAGCAGCAUCUCGGGCUAUGACAUCCCCAAGGAUACGAUCAUCAUCCCCAACAUCCAAGGCGCCAACCUGGAUGAGAUGGUUUGGGAACUGCCCAGCAAGUUCUGGCCUGAUCGCUUCCUGGAACCUGGCAGGAAUCCCAGAACAGCAUCCUUUGGCUGCGGGGCGCGCGUGUGCCUGGGCGAGCCCCUGGCGCGGCUGGAGCUCUUUGUGGUGCUGGCCCGCCUGCUCCAGGCCUUCUCGCUGCUGCCGCCAGCAGGUGGCGCCCUGCCUUCCCUGCAGCCCCUGCCUCAUUCGGGCAUCAAUCUCAUUAUCCCUCCCUUCCAGGUGCGGCUGCAGCCCAGAAACCUGGCGCCCCAGGACCAGGGCGAGAAAUCCUUGACAGGAUAGGACGAGCCUU